UCCGGCAUUAUUGGCUUGUUCCUCUUCAAAGCAGGUUCAUAGACUCGGGUUAUAUCGCGAUCCCGGCGCCCGAAAUGCGAUCGUUUUACCCGUAUUUCGCCUUGUUGGCGAUCUCCGCGGUGUGCGGGGAGAUUUACUUUGAGGAAAAGUUCCUUGAUGAUUCAUGGGAAACAGAAUGGGUCUAUUCUGAGCACCCUGGAAAAGAAUUUGGAAAGUUUGUACUAAGUCAUGGAAAGUUUUGGAAUGAUCCUGAAAAUGAUAAAGGUAUUCAAACCUCUCAGGAUGCAAAAUUUUACGGACUUAGCAAAAAGUUCACCCCCUUUAGCAACAAGGACAAACCAUUAGUUAUCCAGUUCUCUGUAAAGCAUGAACAGGGCAUUGAUUGCGGUGGUGGAUAUGCCAAGGUUUUUGACUGCUCACUUGACCAGAAGGACAUGCACGGAGAAAGUCCGUAUCUUCUCAUGUUUGGACCGGAUAUUUGCGGACCUGGAACCAAGAAGGUUCAUGUCAUCUUUAACUACAAGGGAAAAAAUCUUUUGAUCAACAAAGACAUUCGCUGCAAAGAUGAUGUCUACACUCACCUCUACACAUUGAUUGUCAGGCCUGACAACACCUAUGAGGUUUUGAUUGACAACGAAAAGGUAGAGUCCGGAGACUUGGAAGCUGAUUGGGAGUUUCUACCAGUCAAAAAAAUCAAGGACCCCAACACUAGCAAGCCUGAUGAUUGGGAUGACAAGGCAACCAUUCCCGAUCCCGAUGACACGAAACCUGAAGACUGGGACAAACCAGAACAUAUUCCUGAUCCAGAAGCCACCAAACCAGAUGACUGGGACGAUGAGAUGGAUGGAGAAUGGGAAGCACCGAUGAUCGAUAACCCUGAUUAUAAGGGCGAAUGGAAACCUAAACAAAUAGACAACCCCAACUACAAGGGACCAUGGAUUCAUCCUGAAAUUGACAAUCCUGAAUACCAACCAGAUCCUGAACUUUAUAAACGUGAUGAGAUUUGUGGCAUUGGUUUUGAUCUCUGGCAGGUUAAGUCUGGCACCAUCUUUGACAAUGUUCUCAUCACCGACGAUCCCGAAGUUGCAGCCAAAGUCGGAGAGGAAGUUUGGAAGCCAACUAUUGAGGGAGAGAAAAAAAUGAAGGAAGCUCAACAUGACGAAGAACAGAAACAGAGAGAGAAAGAAGUCAAGGAAAGUGAAGAGAAAGACGAUGAGGAUGACGAUGACGACGAAGAAGACAACACUAUUCCUGAUCCUGAAGACUCUGAACACGACGAAUUGUAAAUAGUGUGUCUCCGAUGGCACAAACACAGACUGUAUUCCAGGAGCUGCCUAGUUGUGUGACGCUAUUAACCAUUGCAAGAGUGAGACAACUGGUAUAAAAUUUUACGGAGAGUAGUACAGUAUGCUUCGGACGCACCCGAUAACGUGUGUGUGGACAGGAUCGAAAAAAUAAUUUGAAACAUUACUUUGUGCAAGUUGACAACACUCGAUUACUUGCCAAGGCAUAUUAAUACUUGUAAAAUUUAGUUGAAAAACAAUCAGAAAUCUCCUGCAGUUUCCUGGGUAUUUGUAAAAAGAUCGCGUGCGUACCGCUAUUUAUCGUAAUCAAACUUCAGUUAUUGAAGAAUCUCCGGAACGUAGAAAACUUCUACAGGAACAAAUGUCAUGCCCGUGUCCACACCACCAUCAGCUCCAAAAGACUAUGUUGUUCCGUUUUUGUUUGUCAAGUGUUUUUAUACAUAAUUAAAAUAAAAGGAAAAGUAAUUGAGAUGUACUUCAACGACACAAUCUUAGUAUUAUCUCGUUCUCCGUACGUUGACGGCGCACGCGUCGUAGACACGCAUUGCGAACUUGAGUGAAUUUAAAAGUGAUGGGUGUGUGCAAACGUGACUGAAUGAUAAAAAUAGCUGAUUAAUGUAUCAAACCACCAAUACCGAUGUAAUAAAUGAAAUAAGACUUUUCUAGA